AUCUUCUACCAAACCCAAUUCCCUUCUGCCUGCCUUCUGUCUUACGCUACCUGAAUCCCCAUACUCCAAAGUUCGUUUUUAUAUCAUCCUUAUUAUGGGAAUCAAGGCUUCGCAUUUGUUCCUCUUGUUGGUGGUGGUGCUGGGUGCCCUGAUCCCGGGCGCGACCUGCCGUCGUUUGCUUGACGGGGAGACGAAGCCGCCGCCGUCGUCGUCGUCGGGGAAAGAAGCACUGCAGGGGAUCAGCCGCCGCCUGGUCAAGAAAGAGUCCUUCCUUGAAGGUGCGUCGGCCAUUCGAAGGAGCUUGGAAGAAUGGAGCAAGAACAAGGGCGGCCACGCAAUCCGCGCGGUUUCUCGUCGGCUGGUGCCCUGUGGGCCCAACCUACUUCACAACUUAUGAUCAUUCACAUAUACCCCGCGAAUAGGAGUCGCUCUCCCAACAACUCGCGUCACGCUGUUUGGUUGUAUCUAACUUUUGAUAGUAUCAUCAACUAAUAUUACAUUAUUUUUUUACUAAUACGUGAUACUUAAUAUGUAUCUAGUAUAUUUACAUGGUCUCGCUAGUCUAAUUGUUCAAACUUGUUUUGGUGCGGUAAAUAUCAAGUAUGUAUUGUACGAACGAGUUUGACCCAUUAGAUUGAAAAUAUAUACCAUAAAAAUAC